GCUUCUUCACGCUUUAGAAUAUCCUCUUUGUUUUUUUUUUUUUUUUCUAUAGUUCAUUACUGAACUUUCCAACCUCACCUAAUCUGUUCUUCAAGCUUCAAAAUAACCUGCAUGUUUCCUUGCGAAAUCCUCUAUUCUCAUUCUGAUCAAAUUAAAGUUACUUAUCCUAAUUGUUAUUUCAGGUUUUAUUUUCGUUUUCAUCCGUAUUUAAAACUUGUUUUUGAUGGUUAUGAACCCACAUUAGUUUUCGUUUUCAUCUGAAUUUACAACUUCUGAUUCAGUUUUCAUUUACAUCAGUUUUCGUUUUCAAUAUAGUUUCAGAUGAAAAUUAGGGUUGAGCGAACAAACCCGAUUUCUCCAUUACAGCUUAAAUCUAGGGGUUUUUUCGAAAGAUGUCUCAGUUUGGAUCAACAAAGCACAAAAGUCCUUAAUCUCACUGUUCUUCAGCGACUCGAUCCUUCCAUUCAACGAACAAGCCUGAUUUCUUCUUACUGCUGCUCAUGUCGCCUUCUACGAAUUCAACGUUUCUCUUGGACGAUGGGUCAGUCGUUUUCUCAUUGACAACUUAUAGCGAAGCAGAAGUGAUCAUCACAACAUGGAAUAAACAGUUCCAAAGUUCUGAGACGGCCCGAAAGAUCCAACUUUUGUAUCUUGCCAAUGAUAUACUGCAGAACAAUAAAAGGAAAGGAAAUGAGUUUGUUGAGUUCUGGAAGGUGCUUCUUGCGGCUCUCAGCAAAGACGUGGAUGACAAGGGUGAUGAGCAAGGAAAGAAGGUCUUCUCUAGAAUGGUUAAAAUAUGAAAAGAUAGAAGAGUUUUCGGAUCCAAAAUGACAUAAUCAUGAAAAAUGAGGUGCCUCCUGCUCUUGAAUUUCGCAAGAAGCGAUGUGAUAGAAUUAGUAUCAUUGCUCAGAAUGACUAUUCAGAACGAUAGUCUGCUCAUACAAUAAAGGGAUUGACCAAGACUAGGCGAAAUUUUGAUAAUAAUAUUUGUAUUGUAGACAAUAUAAGUGUUUAAAAUAUCACUAUUAAAUUCAAUAGUGUAACUUGAAGAGCUGCGUGCUGUGUCUUUAAAAGAACGAUCUAUCCAAACUUUUUAGUACUAAUAAUUAAAACUCACAAGACUAUGUAUUGCAUUGUAAUUACAAAAUAGGUCUUAACCACACAAUGGCAUUAU